AACGAAUUUUGGAAACUCGGAAAGCUGUUCUUUGGAAAGAGCAAGCCAUGACAUAUGCUCGAGCUUCUGUAGCAAGAUUUGAAGAGGAUAAUUUAGAUGAUCUUAUAUCUUUUGCUGAUGCUUUUGGCGCAUCUCGCUUUAGGGAAGCAUGCACAAAUUUCAAGGAACUAUGCAAGAAAAGGCACGAAGAUGGACUCUGGAUGGAUGAAUUAGCAGCCAUGGAGGCAUGCCUUCAACCAGAGUUACCUUACACGAGAACACCUGGAAUCAUUCUUAUGAGUGAAAAUAGCCUUACUCAGGGUUGCUUGCCAAAAUUUCACGUGAAUGACAUCUCUAAUGCGCAACUUGAGCCAAAUGGCUCUUCAGAUGCUUCAGUGACUAAUUUGACUGUGAACCAUGCAAGUUCGAACAUUGAUCGAGAUAAUAAUUUGCCGAUGUUGAGUCAGACACCAUCAAUGACAGGAGAUAGUGAUAUUUCUCAUGGGAAAACUCAAGUGCCAAUGUCGUGGCCGAACCAACCACCUCAAUGCAUGUAUAAUUUUCAAGGCUCCGUUGUUCAACAAAUGCCUCCAUAUCAAGCAUAUCCUUUCCCCACUAUGCAAGUCGUUCCUCCAUAUUAUUCCGUGCAUUAUGGAAAUAUGCAGUCACCUGCCAAGGACCCCAAUCAUUGUCCAAAUCGUAACAAGUCAUCCAGAAAAAGUGAUAUGUCCAUGAAUGGAAAAGGAACCGAAACUUCUGAUUUAACUUCAGGACCUGAAGAUGGUUACUCUGACCAUGGUGAUUCCAGUUCAGGGAAUGAAGAAGAUGCAUAUCUGGACCAAGAUUUUCCAUCUGACAGGAAGCCUUCAUCAACAAGGCAGCCACGAUAGAAAAAGCUUGGGAAA